AGUCACGUCCAAACUGAGAGAGAAGAGAGAAAGAGGGGGGGAUACGGUAGAGGGGUAGAAUGGAGAGACGACAGCUGUAAAAAAAGAGAAGUAGGCUACUUGCUAUGUCAAAUUGGAUAAGAGACAGGUGGAACUGUUUUCAGGAGGACUGGUUACUUAACAUUUGCAAUAGUCUAAGCAUUGUGAGAUGGUCAUGUAAAAGAAAAUACAAACCUCACAAUAUUGUCACCACUGUAAGCCGUGUAAAGUUGACAUCUAACUCUAACUGAUCAGAUGGCUGGGAUACAAGCUGCUGUGCUACCAUCCUUUAGCUCCUUCUCAAACUUUGUUCACUCUAAUGACAAUAUGAAGGUGUGGAAAUUUGAGGAUGGCGCUCUCAGUCUGGACUCUCAAACCAAGAGGACGUCACCUGGCAACACCAGUGACCAGCAGCCGGUUCUUCCUCACCUGGACGAUGAAAGUGAAACCUCAUGGGACAUGGAGUUCUUGUUGUCUGACUGGAGCAGCCCAUCACCUGAGCUGAACCCCUCUCUGGACUACAACACUCAGCAUCUUCCUCAACCGGACCAAACUGGACUGUACCAUGAUGGAGGAGGGGUGUUGAAGGACCAAAUAAUUCCAGACAGGCUUCAUAUGGGCAGCAGUAGCCUGAUGGGAGAGCUGCUCACCCCCUUGGAGACCAUUGGUUCAGGCAUACCAGAACUCUACAACUGGUCCUUUAGUGAUGACCAACAGGUUCGAUCAUCAUCAUCAUUAUCAUCAUUCCCCACUCAACCAGACGUGGACCAGUAUGGUUUCACCCCCGGUAGAAACCAGGAGAGACAUGGCAGCGAUAGAGCCACUGCUGUCCUCACUAAGGCCAAAUCAUGGGACUUUGGAAUGGGACACUACUACCCCAAACAAUACACUUCCAUGGUGACCUUUCAAGAUGGAAGAUUCCUCCAAGCCCCUGUCUCCAUGACAACCUCUAUGACCUCUGAACCUCGAACCCACCACUACAGCGUCCUCCAAAACUACCCCCACCACCCGGGUCUAUACCACAACCAGAACAACUACAAUCUCCACAACCACCACCACCAACAAGCCUCCUCCAGCCACUUCCCCCACUCCCAGCCCCAGCAGCCCCACCUGGCUGUCUACUCAGGGGUUCCCCCUGGUGACUUGGAGGGGAAGCGCAGCCGCAGGAUGGUGGUGAAGAAGAGGGCUGCCAUCCACAGCUGUGAAUACCCAGGAUGUAGUAAGACAUAUACCAAGAGCUCCCACCUCAAGGCUCACCUCCGCACGCACACAGGGGAAAAACCAUACCACUGUACGUGGGAGAGCUGUGGGUGGAAGUUUGCCCGUUCAGACGAGUUGACCCGUCACUACCGUAAACACACGGGUCAGAAGCCCUACGAGUGUCUGCUGUGUCAGAGAGCCUUCUCCCGCUCAGACCACCUGGCCCUGCACAUGAAGAGACACACAUGAUGAGAGGAGAGGAGAUGAGAGGAGGAUGGGUAUGACUGGGCUGUGUGAGAUUAUUCACACUAAUAUGCGUGUCCCUGUAUACACACACUCUCCACUGUCGUUCUGGUUCUCAUUCUCUCUCUCUCUCUCUCGCGCUCUCUCGCUCUCUCUC